AUGGAAUAGGAUCUAAAAGGAGCUGUCAUCUAAUCUCUAUAGACAACUGACGAUACUGCAAGGACUAAGCGCCCAUAUAACAAAAUUUCUUCAGAAUUACGUGCCCAAAUUUUACAUGCUCUAACUGUAGAGAAGAUCCCACUCUCAGAAGUAGCAAUUUGAAUCAGACCUAGGUAGCAUAGAUAUAUCAAACUAAACCCUGCACAUGCAAAGCCAUUUUACUUACUUAUGAAUUGGAGGGGAGAAGUGAAAAGAAAACUUCUAGAAGAGAAAGAGUCGAAAUCGAAUCGAAAAUUAGAAUAGUUAUCUUGGAUCCUUUAGGGAAUAAGCAUUCAACUUAUGAAAAUGCCAAAUUUUCGAAAGUAUGUUCUUUAGAUUCCAUAGAUAAAUAGCUUUACACAGAAGACAAAGAACUAAGUGCCAACGAAGAAUUCAACAUUCAGAAAAAGGUUGUUCAGGAAGUGAGUCAGCAAUUAGGUGAAUUAUAGACGAGUUGCUACCAUUUACAAUCUCAAUAGAGUUAAACUCAAAAUGAUGAACAUGCUCCAGAUAAUAUAUUAAGGGGAUUAAAUAUGGGUUUGCAUUUGGUUACAUCCAAAAUUAGAGAAAGUUAAAUUACAUUUAACAAGAAAACAAGCAAAGAAAUAAAAGAGAUUGUGAAGCAAAACAAUAAAGAAAAUAAUUAUAUUAAUAUAAAUGAAAUACCAUUUUAAACCAAUUACACAUAAAUUUAGCAAUUUUUGAAGAAUGUAGAAAUCAAAUCGGAAAGCAAUCCCUACAUUUUAGAAUAAUUGAACCAAUUGACUAAUUAAACUAUUUUGUAGAUGAAACUAAUAUAAAAAAUUUAGUAAAGAGACUCCCAAAUAAGAUAGUUUCAAUAGCAAGUAGGCACAAUCAUUAGAAAAUGUUUCGAAUGCCAAUCUUGA